AGAGCAGGGAUUACACAUUGUGAGAACCACGCGCAUUCGCUUCUGCUAUUGUGGUGACUGAAUUGCUUUCCAGUACCAGGGCAUUUAGUUAAGCAGAUUGUGUUUCUUUACACCCCUGCGAUGAUCUCUCUUGACGGCGGUUGGUGACAAGUGGCUUGGGGACGGCAGCAUCACAUAAACAGAGACAUGAACAUGCAUACAAACCACAUCAUAACGAGAUGGGAUACAGCAUUACCGGGAUCAUGAGCUGUGCUGCUGAAUGAAGAAUUGGUAACACUGGGCCAGUGAAACCUCCAUCCUCCAUCCACUAACCAUGAGAAGAGCAGAGGAAAUGCACGGAUGGACAGUAAAAAUGAGCAUGCCGAGUGUUUUGGCCAUGGUUACGGUCUUUUCUAUGUUUCCUGGCGGGGUGCUGAGCGAUAUGAGAGGUACUCAGGGUCUGGAAGCCCAACAAUUGGCCCAAGGGUCCACUCAUCUGCACCGUCGCCUGAAGAGAGGCUGGAUCUGGAAACAGCUGUUUGUCCCGGAGGAAGAUCCCACUCCUCGCGUUAUUGGCCAGCUCAAAUCCGACUAUGACCGAGGCGAGUUUUCCAUCAAGUACAUAUUAUCAGGAGAAGGAGCUGGAGAUUUGUUUGAGAUAGAUGAGUAUUCAGGUGAGAUCCGGACACUGAAGAAGCUUGAUCGAGAGGAAAAGGCCUUCUACAUCCUUCAAGCUCAGGCUAUCAACAGGAGGACCAAUGAACCAGAGGAACCCCAGUCCGAGUUCAUCAUCAAGGUGCAGGACAUCAAUGACAAUGUCCCGCAGUUCCAGAACGAACCAUAUGUGUCCAGCAUCCCUGAGAUGUGUCCAAUCGGGACCACAGUGGCCCAGGUGACAGCCACAGAUGCUGACGAUCCCAUGUUCGGAAACAACGCCAAGCUCAUCUACUCCAUCCUGCAGGGGGAGCCCUACUUCUCUGUGGAGCCAAAGACGGGGAUCAUUGUAACAUCUUGGCCAAACAUGGACCGAGAGGCCAGAGAGCAGUACCUGGUGGUGGUGCAGGUGAAGGAUAUGCUGGGCCUCAGCGGCGGUUACUCCUCCUCCACCACCGUCACCGUCAGCCUGACUGAUGUGAAUGACAAUGGGCCCACAUUCCAACACCACCUGUACACCUUUGCCGUGCCUGAAAAUGCAGCUGUAGGCACUACAGUGGGCAGAAUUAUGGCACAGGAUGGAGACAUUGGUGUCAAUGCCAGGAUGAGCUACAAUCUGGAGGAUGACCUGGAGGAAAGCGCCACGUUUCUCAUCAAAACAGACCCAGUGACGCAGGAGGGAGUGGUUGUGCUCGCCAAGCCUUUGGACUUUGAAACUAAAAGACGUUUUGUCAUGGCCGCAGAGGCAGUCAACGAUCAGGUGGACCUUCGUUUUCUGACUCUGGAUGAGUUCAGGGACAGGACGACACUCAAGAUUGUUGUGAAGGACGUGGAUGAGCCGCCUGUCUUCCUCUCAGCGCUCUACGAGUGGAAAGUUCCUGAAAAUGCAGCUGUGGGAACCGUGGUUGGCAGCGUUAGUGCCAGAGACACUGACACAGUCAACAAUCCCAUCAGAUAUUCAAUUGACAAAAGGAGUGAUAACUCAAAAGCUUUCAAAAUAGACCCAAACAAUGGAACUAUGACUGUCGCUAGAGGUUUGGAUCGAGAGACUGCAAACUGGCACAAUGUGACUGUUGAAGCCAGGGAAACAACACAGACCCAUUUAUCCUCCUCUGUGGUGGUGUUCAUCAAAGUGCUGGACAUAAACGACAAUGUGCCAAGGCUUGCAAGAGAUUACCAGCCAUAUAUCUGUGAGGGAACACAGGCGGGAGAACUCAUUCAGCUGCUCAGUGCUGUUGAUCCAGACGACCCCGUGGAGGGACACCACUUCUACUUCUCUAUGGUCUCCGAGAAGCACAUCAAUCCAAACUUCACUAUCAGAGACAAUCAAGACAAUACAGCCGGCAUAGUGGCACGUAGGAGUACAUUUACCCGCAAGGAUCGAACCCAGUACUUCCUGCCUGUUGUGGUGACAGACAGCGGCUCUCCAGCUCUCUCCAGCACCAGCACUCUGACCAUCAGUGUGUGCAGCUGCAAGCCUGCCGGACAUUGUCCCACAGGAGGGGUGGAGGCCCUCGCCCUGUCUAUAGGGGUCAGCCUGCAAACCUUGUUAGGGUUUCUGGUCUGCCUUGUAACGCUCACAGUGCUGUCAGUUCUAAUGCUGAUGCUGAGGAGGCACAGGCGGAAGCAGCAGGAGGGACUGGAGGUGGAGGUAAAAGAGCUGGAGCUGCCUGAGACGGUGUCGCAGAAGGUGCUGUAUUACGGAGAAUCUGGGGGUGGGAGAGCAGACCUAGACUUCUGCCAGCCUGCCAUCCCACUGCGCCACCACCCCAGGAGGAGGGAGAGGAAGCUGCGGAGGGAGGACGUCAGGGCCAGUAUAAGGAUGUCCCUCAGAGAGUCCCACCUCAUCGGGCCGGAUGAUGAGGUCUUUAGGCAGUUUAUUCUGGACAGGCUGGCAGAGGCAGAUGAGGAUCCUUACGUUCCCCCAUUUGACUGCCUAAGAACCUAUGCAUAUGAGGGGUCGGGGUCUCCUACAGGGUCCCUGAGCUCACUGGAGUCAAUCACUUUGGAGCAACCUGUUUGUAAUCCCAGACCUUACGUGGUUAGACUCACCCCUUGGUAUGGGGGAGGAGAGGAAGACACCACCUUCUGAGGGGCUCUUCUUCUUCUCCUUUUUAAAUGGCUGUUUUUCCAAUGUUUGCAUGAUGAACCAGUUUAGUGCAUUUCCAGUGAAUACUUUUCAGUGACAUCAAGAUGGAAAACAAAUGUUUAUAGGAAAGGUUCAACAUUUAGAAAAUACACUUAAUCCCCCUUCUGCCCAGACUUAGAUGAGAUGAUUGAUAGCACUCUCAUGCUUGUACAGUAAACAUAAAGCUACAGCAGCCUGUUAGCUUAGUUGAGCUUGACAUAAAGACUGGGAACAGGGUACAACAGCAAGCCUGACUCUUUUUUUAGACACUUUAGAGGUGCCAGUAGGCCGACUUUCUUAUUUCCUUCUUUCUAGCUGUUUCCCCUUUUUUCCGGUGUUUAUGCACAGCUAACUGGCUCGCGCGGUUCAUAUUUAGCAUACAGACAUGAGAGUGGUGUGAGUUUUCUCAUGUUAAUCUCCGUGAGAAAGCAAAAAUCAUUUCACAAUAUGUCAAACUAAAAUCAACCCUUUUAUAAUUUCACAUCUUGUGUAUAUCUGGACCCAUUUGUGUUUGCUGUAUUUUCUUUUUUUCUCUGUGUAUGUGACCCAAUCACCAGAAAAAAAUGUUGGCAUGGUAUAUUUCUGCAAACCACGGAUACAUUACAUUUUCACACUACAGUGUAGCAAAUGCAUUGUAACAAGUUAAAAUGCAUUUACUGCACAAUGUACAGCGAUGUCUCUGUAAAAAACAUCCGCUCUACUUGACACUAUCCAAGUUGAAACACAACACUGGGUCACCUUGUUGUUUGGUGGUCCCAAACAGUGAUCUACACUGCAGCUGGGCAGGUGUCUUGCUUAGAUGACAUACCAUCCACAGUUCCCUCUAACCUCUAAUGACAAAGUCAGCUCAUAAACUAUAUUACUUGAGAAAUGUUGAUAUUAUUGGUGUGAAAUAUACAAAUAUAAUGCAUCCGUGGUUUGUAGAAACGUACAAUGCCAACAUUUUCCUCUGGUGACCGGGCUGGUGUAUAACUCUUCAAACAUGGAUCACCUUCAUGUUAUAGCUACAAAGACAUUGAGAGCAGUUACGACUCUGUGUGUGUCUAACACGAAUGGAAAUGUUAGACCUUGUCUCAGUGGCUUAAACUCAAAGGGCAGAGGGUUUCUCUUAGAUAUUCAUGAGGCUGCUCUGACCAGAAAAAUCUAAACCAUUGGCUAUUUGUAUGAAUGCUAAAAAACAUACUUCUGUUUUUCCUGACAAGCAACUUCUUGUGGUUGUGCAAAUAACGAUGCUCCUUUUUGAGAAGCAAAGGUGAGAUUAACAUUUAAACAUGUUGCCUGUACAAAGAAUGUGACUCAAACUCCAGAAACUGCAGUUUGAAUCCUUUCUUCUACUUUAAGUCAAAGUUUGUUUGGUUCAAAUUCACCCGUGGCCCCUCCCUAACCUUGAAGCUGCAUUCAUUUAUUGGAGCAAGCUGAAGACACACUGUUAUCUGAAAAAUAAAGUCGUUUUGGCGAACGAAUUGGUGAACAUUUUUACACAUGAAUGUAGUCAUAGUCCAAUAUUCGCUCAUCUUCUAUCUCCAUUCUUGUCUCCACCAACCCCUGAAAAAAGUUAUAUGGCUUCGUAGCUGGUAGCUGUGGCACUAUAUUUAGCUAUAGGCUUUGUCUGUUGUGUUGUGCUGUGCAGGUAGCACACAGUGGGUUUACUCAGUAGGUAAUUUGUUCAUUUUUAAGAGGGGAGGACUGACCCGGUUUGUUUUGUUCAUUUGAUUGGCUGGGUAGCAUCACAUGAGAUGAUUUAAUAUGCCCUUAGAAUGGGAACACUCCGUCAAUAAUUCUCAAUAAAUUAUUGGCUAUAUGGGUCCGUACCAGGAGUAUGGAGAAAGAUGGCAGUUUAAUAAGGGGGAAUCAUUUUGGUCAUUUCACUAACAAAGGGAUAGCGUCCCCCUCGUUCUACUGGGGGUUUUUUUUGUUGUUGCUGAAAACAGCUGCCUGCUGCAGCUGGAAAAUAAGCUGUUGUCUUUGCUGGCUGGAAAACCAAAACAAAUGCUUUAAGAUGAGGGGAAAUGCAAAUUUGAUGACAAGUCUUUGUUGGUUCAUCACUAAAAGCAACCCCUCAACAUUGCACAUCAACCUGUUUCUUUCCCAGAUUGUCAAAUACAAAUGCUUUGUCACACCCCUGGGCAUCUCAUUGCGAGGCACAGGACACCCUUUAGCUUAUCUGUGUGAUGCAGAGCUGAAACACAUUGUAACAUGUGAUUAAUGUUGUGAAACAGUCACAGCUAGUUUUAGACAAUGGAACUACUUGGUUAGGUUCGGUGAAAAGAUCAUGUUUUGGGUUAAAAUAAGUACAUUUGUUAAAAAUGUAAUGAGAUAAAAAUAAAUCGUGUGACUGACCUCAGUGCUUCACGACCCUAAGUAGAUUACAUGAUGUUACAUUUGAACAGCAGUGACUUUUGGUUUCAUGAGGGACACAAACUGCUGUCUCCUGGAUGAAAGUCUGGCUUUAUUUGACUCUUCCAUGUAACCCUCCUACCGCCCUAUGUGGACUUUCUUGCUCCUAAUACUAUUCUAGUCACUCUCAGCGUCAAGUAUUGUAGCAAAUGGGUUUACACUGGGGUCAGCUGACAGCCCGGUGCGUCUCAUUAAGACGCUAAAGGCUGCCUUUAGCAUCAAUAUCACACAUCAAGGGGUGUGACAAAGGGUUGUGGGUCACUGCUGGGUCUGAACCCCAAGGGAUGGAGAGAGAUGGCAAUUUAACAUGGCGGGUGAAUUUUGGUCAUUUUGCUAAUAAGAGGGAGUGUUGGCCUUCCUCGUUUCCUCUCAAAUCGCCUACUGGGUCCAGUAGAAUUUUUGCUGAAAACAGCUUCCUGCUGCAGCUGGAAAAUAAGCUGUUGAGGGCAGUCUGUUGGCUGGAAAACCAAAACAGUGACUUUAAAGAUGAGGGGAAAUGGAAAUCUGGUGACAGCUCUGUUGGUUCAUCAGUACAAGCGACCCAAUCCAACAUUGCACAUGGUCAUUUGAUCCAUUGUUACUAUUAAAUGGCUCAUUUUAACCAAACUUUAACUCAAAAAGGUGGCAGAUCAGAAAUUGUACGAUUGAUUUAUGAAUCUGUCACAUGGGUGGAUUUUUAUGGGCAUUGACAAACAACCUGUUUUGUUGUUAAGGUACUGCGCAACAAUGUAAAGCAUGGCCUAUAAUGUGAUCCAGCCAUAAGACAGGUUACUGUAUGCAAACCUUGACUGUCUCUUGACUGUAUGAUCUCUUGCUUUCUUUUAUUUACAGCUGUGCACUUUGGCAGAUGUUUGUAACUCACAAUCUUAAGCAGAAAAGCAUCUUGGGAGAGGGGGGAAUGGGUACAUCAGAAAGGUAAAGCACAUCAUUAAAAGAUAAAUGCACUGAUGUAAUGAGCAGGGUGAGAGUAUGCAAGGGGAGUCUCUUAAAGAGGGCACCAUUGUGAUUCAUGCUUUUUUUAUUACAGCGUGACAUUAUUACCCUCAUUCUUUAAUACCCACAGUAUUACUGACCUGUUAAAUUUACAUUUCUGAUACUACCGUAUUUGUAAUAUUCACUUCUUAUCAUGUUUUAUGUAACAGUUUUUACUGUACAGUAUUUGUAUUUUACAUUAUGAAAUCAUAUAAAUUAAUGUAUACUUCCCUUGGGUUUAUGUAUGGCAACAUUAUUUUCUAAAUAGAGAUUUUGUUUCCUGGUUAGCCUGUUUCUCACAGAAGUGAAUUUCACUUACAGAAGAGUAUCCAUUAAAUAUGAACUGUUUAACAUGUAUUAUGCUGUAUGAUAUGACUCUCUGCUUUUUGUCGAGUCACGAGAGAGCAGAUCACACUACUCGUGUAAGCCAACCGGCAGCGGAGAGCAGAGCGGCAUGGG